CGAGUUUCAGGAUUUUCUCUAGCACCACAGGGUACACGAGGAUUCGGCAGAGUUUCGAGCUAAGGCGCAGGUCUAGACUAGCUGAGCUGAAUGGCGACUAUCUUUCGUUACAAGCGAGAAGGAAAUAUUCGGAUGGGAUCCAGACCGGUUUGAAAAGAUUAGCUUAUCCGCCUCAUACUAACAUGGCUGAACUUAAUCUCUGCGCUUCAUACUCCGCCCACAACAAAGCGGAAUUCAUCGUCGAUGCUGUUUUGUUCGAUAUGGAUGGAACUUUGGUAGACUCUAUCCCUGCCAUCGAGUCUGCAUGGGCAGCUGUGGCCAAAAAAAUCCAAAGGGAUCCCGAUGAAGUUAUUGAAGAAACUCAUGGUCGUCGUGUAAUGGACAACUUGAAGGAUCUUUACCCUCAUCUUCGAAAGAUGUCGGAUGCCGACAUGCAACCCCAUGUCAAAGAAUUCGAGAUCGAAAUUUUACGCCAAGCAGAUGAAUACGGAGUCGAAGUGAAAUCUCGUCGAUCGAGUGCCGCAUCCAGCAAGCGUGCUUCGCGCUCCGCUUCUUUCGUCGGCAGCCCAGCUGAGACGUCCAGCCCAGCUGAGCCAAACAAGCCCCGCCGCAAGUCGAAUCUCUCGAACAGCAUCACUGCAGAUGGAGUUGCCUCUCGAAUGGCGGCCAUGGGCCUCAAGCCUUUAAGUACCACCAACUCCAACACAUCGAUCAAGUCCCUUGACAAGCCUACGACAGAGCCCUCCCUGGCAGAAAGUUUAGCCAAGAAAAAGUUGUCCGCUCUCAACGCAUCGGCUGCCGAAGAUGUGUUUGAGGACGACCUAUCUGACACCGAGCUUGAGAUUGACGUCUCCGACCUUGUCGAUCGCUCUGUGAGAAUCCUCCCAGGAGUUCGCAAGUUGACCGACUCGCUCCCCACCGAUCGAUUUGCCAUCGCAACUUCCGCUGCCGUUACUCACUGUCAUGGUGCCCUCCAACGUGUGGGUAUCAGCUUGCCCAAAGUGACGGUCACUGCUGACGACCCUCGCCUUGAGCGAGGCAAGCCUUUCCCGGAUCCUUUCAUUCUCGCCGCUAAAACAUUGGGCUUUGAGCCCAAGAACUGCCUCGUUGUCGAGGAUUCGCCAUUUGGUAUUCAAGCUGGUGUUGCAGCCGGUGGAAAGACUAUCGCUGUGUCCACCUCUCACUCCCAUGACAAGAUUUCGCAUUGUGGUGCCACUUGGCUCAUCCCCACCCUUGAACUCGUUCAAGUAGAAAUCCUAUCAGAUGGUAGAAUCCGAAUCUUCAUUGACGCUACCGCUGCCCAGGUGGAGAAGGCCAUUUCUGAAUCUGUCCGUGGAAAGAUUGCCGCUCAGCUGGUAUAACCUUGGCACACUUUCAUACUUUCUUGGCGCGCUUCUCAUCGUUUCAUCUCUCUCAUGUUUCCAUCUCUAUCAUCAUUGUACCGUAGCGAUCGAUUUUCUUAUCUGUCGCUCACCCCAGGGGGUUUCUGUCUGCUUGCCUGAUCAACAUCAUACCACUUUGUAAUGUCAUGAGGAUUUUUUCUU